GAUGAGGUACUGGAAGGGUUACCUUCACAUAACAUAUAUAAAUACUUCAAUGAAAACAAAAAUAUAGGCAAUAAUUAUGAUAAAGAUUGUGAAAUAAAAAUAAACGAUAAAACCGAAUAUCCUGAAUUUAAGGAAAUUUGUAAAAAUUUUGCUAAGAAAUUGGAAGAUAUAUUACGCAAUGUACACGGGAAAGAAACUAUUAAUUACUGUAUGUUGCUGAAAUACUGGGUAUAUGAACAAAUAAAAAAAGUAGUAAAUUUGAUAAAACGAUCUUUGAAGUAUUUAUUCUUACGGAAAAACUAA